UGCAAGUGGGGAGCCCCCGAACCCCCGAACCCCCCUGUAGCCAGAAACCACAACAACAGUCCUGGAAACUCGGGUUCCCAGUAUGCCUUGUGUGCGCUUGGGGUAGGGCUGGUGGCCCUGGGCAUCGUCAUGAUUGUGUGGAGCGUGGUGCCCUCCGACACGGUGAACAACAGCAGUGGCACCGGAGGAGGGAACCCCAAACCGGACAACAGGGGCAGGGCUUCAUCGGUGGCCUUUGUGCUGGUCGGGGCUGGGGUGGCCAUGCUCAUGCUGUCCCUGUGCCUGGGCAUGAGGAACAAGCAGCGGGAGCAGCAAGCGCUUCAAGAGGCCCAGACUCUGGGGGCAGACAACGCAGCUGCCGGUGAGGAGGACGGAGAGACGUGAGUACUGUAGCUACUGAAUAAUAACUGAGCUAAUUACUGACCUCAGCAGGUUUGUUUACUCAGGGUUCAUUGCAGGGGUGGGCAAUACCAUUAUUACUUUACUAACCUUUGCCUGCUCCUAUAUGUUUAACCUCACAUGAUGUUCACCAGAUGAUGUCAUCAGUGUUUCCGGAUAAUGUCAUCGGAAACCCUUAUCUUCUUCUAUAUUUGUUUAUUACAAAACAUAGAAACCCACCGUUUCACAUAUGUUGAUUUUGGGGUGGUGCUGGAGAUUAUGAAUAUGUGGUUGAAAAGUGGUGAAAUUUCCCUUUAACCUAUGAGAGCUGGUGUGUGAGUGCAGGCUUUUGCGCCAGCCAAAGCUCUAACACAUGUACAGCUGAUUCAAGUAGUUAGUUGAUUUGUUCGAUGUGAAUUACUUUGCUUUGGCUGGAGCGGAUGCCUGCACCAACACUGGGUCUUUGCUAAAAAGAUUGCUUACCCAUGUUUAAGUGCUUUGAGUCUUACUACAGUGUUUUCUUUAGUAACUUUUCACUUAAAGCCCCCUGACGUAAACUCCACAAAACACUAAUGUAUUUGGACACCUGUUGCAAAACACACAGCAUAGCCUACAGUACACAGUAGCAACAAUGUAAAAGACAAACAGAAUCCAUUCUGAAAGAGCAGUUAUUCAUGUCCAUGUUUGUGUAUGAAUGUCAACAGGGCCGAGGAGCGAGCCCAGAGGUACACCGUGCCCAGCUACGAGGAGGCAGUGGGCAGCAGCCAAUACCCCUUACGCCAGAGCCACCUGCGCCACAGCUCCUCCCAGCUUCCCUCCUACGACGACCUGGUGGACAGUGUGCAGAUAGAGGUCGAAGGGUCAGAGGUCACCCAGAUGACACCCACCUCCACUAACCCUGCCGCCUCUGUUGCUGCGCCUAACCACUGCGCUGGGCGAACGGGCCUCAAUCUCCUUCCCCUUAAAAUCCAGAGGAUUAAAUCAGAGAAGAUCCAUACGAAGAACACGGAUAACUCUCAGCCGCCGGGAGGGAUGAGUAUUGAGCCGCUCACUCCACCACCAAUGUAUGAGGAUAAAGUGCCUCAGCUCUGA